GGAGCGCUGGCGUUGUCCGGGCGAGCCGACGACGAGACCGUAGCUGUCUGGAAAUCAGUCCUGUGGCUCCGACUCAAACAUCUGCUCCACAAUACACUUUCCCCCGCGUCCCACGGUGCAAUCAGCCCGCGCUCGAACCCGCGCCCCGCUCACUGUUCGGAAUCAAACCGGAGAAUGGCUGCCGCUGAGGUGAACGGUGGUUCUGCCCCGGCAAAGGAGGAGGAGGAGCCGAUGGAUGUGACGACCACGCACACAGAGAACUACCAGACGCUCAUUGAUGCUGGGCUGCCCCAGAAAGUGGCUGAAAGUCUAGACAACAUCUUUCAGACAGGCCUGGUGGCGUAUCUCGACUUGGACGAGAGGGCCAUCGAUGCUCUGAGGGAGUUCAACGAGGAGGGAGCGCUCACUGUGCUCCAGCAGUUCAGAGAGAGCGACCUGUCCCAUGUACAGAAUAAGAGUGCUUUCCUGUGUGGAGUCAUGAAGACAUACAGACAGAGAGAAAAGCAAGGAAGUAAAGUACAGGAGUCCACAAAGGGUCCUGAUGAGGCGAAAAUUAAGGCUCUGCUAGAGCGGACAGGAUACACCCUGGAUGUCACAACAGGGCAGAGAAAGUAUGGCGGCCCCCCACCGGAGGACGUAUUCAAAGGAGUGCAACCAGGGAUUGGAACUGAGGUGUUUGUUGGAAAAAUCCCACGAGACCUGUACGAGGAUGAGCUGGUGCCGCUCUUUGAGUCUGCUGGUGCAAUCUGGGACCUCAGGUUAAUGAUGGACCCUCUCUCUGGGCAGAACAGGGGUUAUGCCUUCAUCACGUACUGCAACAAGGAUGAUGCCCAAAAGGCCGUGAAGCUUUGUGAUAAUCAUGAAAUCCGCCCUGGCAAGUACUUGGGAGUAUGUAUAUCUGUUGCAAACAAUCGCCUGUUUGUCGGAUCAAUUCCAAAGAACAAGACAAGGGAAAGUAUAUUGGAAGACUUCGGCAAAGUGACAGAGGGUCUCCAGGAGGUGAUAUUGUACCACCAGCCUGACGACAAGAAGAAGAACCGUGGCUUCUGUUUCCUGGAGUACGAGGAUCACAAGUCCGCAGCCCAGGCUCGCCGCCGCCUGAUGAGUGGCAAGGUCAAGGUGUGGGGGAACGCCGUCACUGUGGAGUGGGCCGACCCUGUGGCUGAGCCAGACCCAGACGUCAUGGCCAAGGUGAAGGUGCUCUUUGUGAGGAAGCUCGCCACAGCGGUGACUGAAGAACUUCUUGAAAUGGCGUUCUCUCAGUUUGGAAAGCUGGAGCGAGUGAAGAAACUCAAAGACUAUGCUUUUGUUCAUUUUGAGGAGAGGGACGCUGCUGUUAAGGCAAUGGAUGACAUGAACGGUAGGGAGCUUGGAGGAGAGCCAAUUGAGAUUGUUUUGGCAAAGCCUCCAGACAAGAAGAGGAAAGAGCGCCAAGCAGCUCGGCAGACCACCAGGAAUUCAGGGUAUGACGACUACUACUACUACCCACCUCCACGCAUGCCACCACCAGGCCGAGGUAGAGGUCGUGGGGGCCGAGGGGGCUAUGCUUACCCACCAGAUUAUUAUGGAUAUGAUGACUACUAUGAUGACUACUAUGGUUACGACUAUCAUGACUACCGUGGUGGCUAUGAAGAUCCUUAUUAUGGCUACGACGAUGGGUACAGCAUGAGGGGCCGUGGUGCACGUCCCAACAGGGGAGGUCCUCCUCCACCGAGGGCUCGCGGAGCACCACCAGCUCGUGGCCGCGGUGGCUACGCCCAAAGAGGCCCACCCCUAGGUGGUCCCAGGGGUGGCCGCGGGGGGCGGGGAGCCCCUUUCCAGCCACAGAGAGGCCGCGGUCCUCGUGGGGCCAGAGGCAACCGUGGGGGAAAUGUCGGUGGAAAAAGGAAGGCAGACGUGUUUAACCAGCCUGACUCCAAGCGCCGCCAGACCAACACCCAACAGAACUGGGGGUCCCAGCCCAUCGCCCAGCAGCCCCUGCAGCAGGGGGCCGACUAUUCUGGUGGAGAAGCAUUGAGGGCGGCACCACUAGCAUGAGGGACUCACCUGAACGGUACUCAAGGGUGAGCUCGCCUUGCACAGAGUACUGUCUCCUCUCCUGUAGCUCAUUGUUAUCUCUGGAGAAACACUAGCUAUAAUUAUACCUUGUUCUUUUUUUAUUAUUGUUUCCUCACCUACUAUACUGUUAUGCGAAUCAAGCUUUUUUGUUUUGUUUUGGAGGGCUGUGAUUUUUCUUUCUUCCCCAGGAUAUGAAGAUUAAAAGUCACUAAAUUUGACUGAAGAAUCAUUGAAAAUAUUAAAUUAAUUGUCUCAUCAGCAUUUUUCUGGGAGCAUAGUUCACAUUUCCCUCUCAUUCUGCCUAUUUUCCAAGUUAAAUAGCCAAAAAGCUAUUUUCUUUAGACUGGAUUUAACAGCCAAAAGUCAAGGAUUUGAUAAGCGUUACAAACCCUGCAAGCACCAGUUUCCUGUCUUGGCUCACUGCACCAAAAUGACCUCGGCCGUCUUCCCAGUGCAGACACACACGCGCACACACGCACACAAACACACACACUCUCGGUGAAUAGAGGUGGGGUGGAUGUUUCCCCUCCUACUCCACUAGAGGAAGCUGUUCAUCAUCAGCACGGCAGCUGCUCCAUUGUCCCAAUAAACGAUGCUGCAUUUUUGGCCAUUUUUACAGUCGUAUAUGUGUUAAUUAAUACACAAAUAAUUAAUAUUUGAGUUGCUUGUCAAAUGUAUUUAGAUCUCAGCGGGGACUGUGGGUUAAAAAUAGAUGCAAUUGGCAGAUUUCAGAACAAUGGAUCUCCCUCAAAACUGGUGUAUUUCCCCUUUAACACCACCAGAUGGUAGUAGGAGAGCCACAUUAUUUAUACUACACAGGUAAGACUGGGUGUGUGGGUUCCACAGCAGCUUCUUGUAUCAUGUCACACACAUUUUGGUUUGUAUUCAAGUGCCAUCAAAUGCUGGAGUGUCUUUAUAACAGCGUCUCAUAUCAGAACUGUCUUUAUAUGUUGCCUCUUGUCACCAGGCAGUAAAGGAGCUGCCCCCAUCCAUGUGAAUGAGUUCACACUAAUGGAAGGGACUGAUUGGUAAGAUUGUUCAUUAUCUGAACUCAUUCUCAGAAAAGUCAUGUUUCUGUUUUUGGUUCUUUUGUUCUAUUUGAAAACAAAGUUUGGUGUCCUAGUUGUCUCUUUAUGACGUGCUUACUUCCCAGAGUAAGUUCUGAAAGUCACAAAACUGGCACAUACAUUUUUUCUGAUCUAACAUAUUACAAACUUUCGAGAUUUGUCAAUGUUUUCAUCUGUGUGGCCUUUUUUCUUUUUAGCUCAGAGUCUGGGGAUGGUUCUCCACAAGGUGCAUCCUUGAGAACGAUGAACUCGAGGUCCAGAGCAACCGCACGAGCACGAGCCGGCUUAGCUGUUCACAGAACAGCGGGCGACUGAGGGGAGAGCCACUGGUGGUGUCAGGAUCCAGAGCUCGGUUCAGCAGACGGCUGCUCCCUCGUCCAGCUGAAAGAAUCUUAACUGUACAGAAAAAUCAUGUGUUCAUCUUGAUUGUUCAAUACAUUUAUUUCCAA